CUUGGCUCUUGCACACCACACUGUUGUUGAUUGUGUGCGCUUUGAUCUCACUGAACAGUGCAUCUGACAUGCAGUGUUCUCUCUGUCUUUAUUUCUUCUUAAGGGAGGCAUGGACUUGUAGAGAACUACGCUGUGUGAUUCACACCUAUGCUGAGUCAAAAGAGCUCCAGUGAUCUCCACUGGCAGUGAGGCACAGUCAACCAUUGUUCUGCUGAGCACAUUGAGCACAUUUAAGGGAGAGGAGACGUGGAAGAGAAGAGAGAGAGAGUGAGAGAGAGAGAGAGAGGGUGGCCUUGAUGGCAGAGAGCUGGAUGUCCCAGUGAGGUCAGGUCGGACGGGAGGUCAUGGGGUCGUUUACGCUGGGGAAGGCUGCUUCCCUGGAGCUACUGCUGGACGCCUGCAUUCAUGCGUUUGAUGAUGAAGGAGAGCUGCAUGAAAAUCAGCUUCCUCGAACCCUUCUGCUGAUGCAUCGCUGGUAUGUGUCCUCCACUGAGCUCGCUGGGAAACUUCUGAUUAUGUAUCGUGACUGUCGGGGAGAUGACUGCCAGCGGACACGACUGAAGAUCUGUUAUUUAAUGAGGUACUGGAUAGCUGAAUUCCCUGCAGAGUUUGAUCUGGAUCUAGGUUUGAUCCGUCUUACAGAAGAAUUUCGAGAUGCAGCCGCUCAGCUGGGUGGAGACGAGCACAUUAAACUACUUGACAUUUCUACAAUCCCCUCGUAUGACUGGAUGCGUAAACUGACUCAGCGAAAGAAGCAGGUGAAGAAGGGCAAAGCGUCACUGCUGUUUGAUCACCUGGAACCCAUUGAGUUGGCCGAACACCUCACCUUCUUAGAGUACAAGUCCAUCAGGAGGAUAUCGUUCACAGAUUACCAGAGUUACGUGAUUCAUGGCUGUCUAGUAGAUAACCCCACAUUAGAGCGCUCCAUCGCUCUGUUUAAUGGGAUCUCUCAGUGGGUUCAGCUGAUGGUUCUCAGUAAACUCACCCCUCAGCACAGAGCAGAGGUCAUCAACAAAUACAUCCAUGUCGCACAGAAACUGCUCCACCUGCAGAACUUUAACACACUGAUGGCUGUGGUCGGGGGUCUGAGUCACAGCUCUAUUUCCCGCUUGAAGGAAACUCAUUCUCACCUCAGCCCAGAGGUCACCAAGAUCUGGAAUGAAAUGACAGAGCUGGUUUCGUCAAACAGUAAUUACUGUGCUUACCGCAAAGCCUUCAGUGAAAGCGAAGGGUUUAAGAUCCCGAUCCUAGGCGUUCAUUUGAAGGACCUGAUCGCCGUGCACGUGGUCUUCCCGGACUGGGUGGAGGAUGGGAAAGUGAACAUCGUGAAGAUGCAGCAGCUGUAUCUCACCUUUAAUGAGCUGGUGUCCCUGCAGAGUGCUGUGGCUCAGGUGGAGCCCAACAUGGACCUGAUCUACCUGCUCACUCUGUCCUUGGAUCUGUACUACACAGAGGAUGAAAUUUAUGAGCUGUCCUUGCUCAGAGAACCCCGUAACCCCAAAUCUCAGCCAACAUCUCCAACAACACCCAACAAACCUCUGGCUCCACUGGAUUGGGCCUCUGGGGUCACAACCAAACCAGAUCCUUCAGUGGUCAACAAACACAUCAGGAAGGUCGUGGAUUCUGUCUUUCGAAACUAUGACCACGACCAUGACGGAUAUAUAUCUCAGGAAGACUUUGAGAGUAUCGCAGCAAAUUUCCCUUUCCUCGAUUCCUUCUGCGUGCUUGAUAAAGACCAGGAUGGAUUGAUCAGUAAGGAUGAGAUGAUGGCGUAUUUCCUGCGUGCCAACCCGCUGCUGCAGUGUAAGAUGGGUCCUGGGUUUAUUCACAACUUCCAGGAGAUGACCUACCUGAAGCCAACAUUCUGUGAACACUGCGCUGGAUUUCUCUGGGGAAUUAUUAAACAAGGAUACAAGUGCAAAGACUGUGGAGUGAACUGCCAUAAACAGUGUCGUGAGCUGCUGGUUUUGGCGUGCCGACGUCUUCCUCGGUCCACAUCGCUGGGCAGUGUGUCUCCUGGAGUGCUUACACACAGCUCUUUACCCAGCAGCCCCAACCUGCCCACCUGCAAAGAUGAUGAUGAGGUGUUUACAUUCCCUGCUGUGUCGCCAUCGUCAAGCUCUGACCUGGAGGGAAAGUCCAUCACUCUGAUGACCGGUUCAGCCCAGCGCAUCUCAGUGCGGCUCCAGAGAGCCACCACCAGUCAGGCCACACAGACAGAACCCCUUUGGCCCGAGAACGGCUGGGCUGCCGUUGCUGACAGCGGGUCACACACCUUUCCCAAAAUGAGGUACAGGCCACACCGCAAAGCAUCCAAGAGCAAAGGCUUUGCCCGCUGGGAGAAUGACACACAGAGUUCGGCAGGGACGAGGAACAGCAGGAACUCACAGGAGCACAGCGAAGAGUCAACGCAGAAUGGACUCGCAGAACAACAUAUCAACAAAACCAUGACCUCUGAGAUCAGCUGACUUGACCGCUCUGUGGGCCCACGCAGGACACCCUGGAGUCUGUCAGGACCACGGCCCAGAGGGCUCUCCUCUCUAGGGGGCGUGCUGGGGUGCCUAAUGCCUCCAGUGGAUCAGGAAUAGGGCCACUAUUUCUACAGCCACAGCGAUAGAGGGGUGGCAAGCAACCCGUUGACUAAACUGGGGGAAGGGUUGCAUCAAAGGAAAGGUCUCGGACUAAACAGAGAGUGACUGUGCUGUGCUGUCCUGUGUAUCAGACUGUAGCAGACAGGUUGGAAACCUAACUGAGAAUCACUGGAAGAAGCUGAUGUGAUGGAUGCAUCAGCAUGAUAAUAGAUGUGUGAGAAAGAGUAUUUAAGGUAUGCUGUUGACGUGUUUUCAACGCACGCUCUGGUUUUCGUUCUCCAAAAACACUACGUGGAAAGGACACAGUGAGUGGUUACAUUCAGGUUGUCUGAAGGUGGAACUGGCAAGAGGGAAAUAUGAAGAUAAACUUAUGUAUAACAGAAUAUUAAAACACUAACUUCAUUUAUGUGUUUCCCUGUGACACAUUAUGAUCAGAAGUGGAAGGUACGUUGAGUUUUAAGAUCACAAAUAUAAUUU